AUGGCAGAUCUUCGACAGGCUUGUGAUCGCUGCCAUAGCAAAAAACUACGAUGUACCAAGAUCCCAGGCUCAGUAGUCUGCGCUCGCUGUGUCAAAGCUGGAGUUACUUGCCUCUUCAGUCCUCCAGCCCGAUCUCUGCGCCAUCCUGAUGUUGUUCACAUGGACUGGAGUAUACUUGGUCUAGACCAACCAGUGGCCGAACUUCAGAGCACCGAUCUGGAUCAACUUAUAGCAACACCACCUAUUAGCAAUCAUGCUAACCCGGCCCCAUCUGCUCCAAUCACUGUAGUAUCUCAACUAACUGAUCUCAUGGUCACAUUCGAUCGUAUGCAGAACAGCUUUCCUGCGUCUUUGACCCAACAUCUCACCAUACGCGAACUCAACGAGUUUAUGAAAGUUUGCGAAAUUGAUCUCGGGGCAUUCCUCGAAGAAUUGCUCCAGAAUUCCCAAAAGUUAGUCCACUUAUACCCUCAAGUCCUCAAACAACUUGAGUCCCAGGACACAACACCCUGCGAGAUCCCAGAUUGUGUACACAACUCGCAGUUGUUUUCGCAUUCUCGACCUCAAGUCUCGAUUGACCAGUCGCUUAUUCAUCUUUUGUUGGCAUGCCAUCUCAGGCUGCUGGGGUUGUUCGACAACAUCGUUACUCAUGGAUGUAUGUGUGCUCAUGCAGCUCCCAUGCUACCCCCAGAGUGUGAACCGAGACUCGACAUACCAGAAAUCAAGAUCGGUUCAUUUGUUGCACCGAAAAUUUCUGCUGCAUCGAUGGUGAUAGCAAUGGUAAUUGAGCUCCAGACAACCCUCAAUACCAGAGCGCAGGACUUACACGACGUGAUUUCAUCAAAUGUUGGCCACGAUGCGAGGACAGCAAAGAUUCUCGACCUGCAGUGUGAGUCCUUGAAAGAGCACGCUUCAAAAACUUGCUCCGAUCUCUACUCUCUUCGGGAGAAUCUCCAGAAGUUGGGGGUCCUCGGAUGA